AGUCACCUGUGGUCUGUGGAGAGGUUGAUGACGUCGGAAGAUGAAUAUUAAUGGAGGGUAAAUCUAAGUUGCCAAGUAUGAAAAGCAAGAAUAAAAGGGUAAAGGAGGAAAGGCGAAAAUAGAAGGUUCGUUUCUAUAUCCUGAAGACUUCUUUAUUCGACUUUGGUGCUUCUCACCUUCUACGCUUCUCUUUCUUGCAUUCCUUUGAAUUGAUCGUAUCAAUUAUCAAAGGUAUCUUUCUCUUUGAAUUCUCGGUUUCUCCUCUUUAAGUUCUUCUCUCCAAUCUCAAAACCCAAGUUUUUCUGGUUUUGGGAGGACAAGAAACGAUGGUUUUCUACUUCAAAGCUCGACCAGCGGCUGGUGAUUAUACCAUUUUCAUGGGCUUAGACAAGCACGAGAACGAAGAGCUCAUCAAAUAUGGUUUUCCCGAAGAUAUAUGGUUCCAUGUUGACAAAAUGUCUUCUGCUCAUGUGUAUCUGAGAUUGAAUAAAGGACAGACAAUUGAUGAUAUAAGUGAAGGUUUGCUGGAAGAUUGUGCACAGCUUGUUAAGGCAAAUUCGAUACAAGGCAACAAGGUGAAUAAUAUUGAUGUUGUUUACACUCCUUGGUACAAUUUGAAGAAGACAGCUUCCAUGGAUGUUGGACAAGUUGGUUUUCACAACCCUAAAAUAGUUCGCACUGUCAGAGUGGAGAAGCGUAUAAAUGAGAUAGUUAAUAGAUUGAAUAAGACACAAGUUGAGAGAAAACCAGACUUAAAAGCUGAGAGAGAUGCAGUAAAUGCAGCAGAAAGAGCUGAAAGAAAACUACAGUUGAGAGAUAAAAAACGGCGGGAAGAGAUGGAGAGGCUCGAAAAGGAGAGGCAGGCAGAGAUAAGGAGCUAUAAGGGCCUUAUGGUUCCAGAAAAGAUGACAUCCAACAAACAGAUAUCAGCAACAAACAAUUCUUUGCAAGAACUGGAAGAGAAUUUCAUGUGAGACAAGGACUGAUAGAUUUAUAUAUCUUAAGGAAAGGCCUUUAUUAGCCAAACUUCAAUGACUCAUUUCUUGAUCAGGAAGAAGUUUCAGAAAUCAAAAUUGCGAUACAGGAUCUAACUUGGAGUUUCUGACAGAUUUAUAUUCACCCCAUUGAUAAAUCCAUGGUCUCAGACCUCUUUUUAUCUGACUGGAUGUUGAUGAGAAAACUUUCUGUUUUGUUAACUGUAAGUCUGUAAGUUGAACUUGGUGUUAUGUUAAUUGUUCUGGUUGAACUCUGUAAUUCAGAUACUUCAUUAACAACCUCUAUUUCUAUUUGUGUUGUUCA